AUGGCGGGCGGCGAGAACGACUGGGAGGUCAAGGGCGGCGGUCGGCGCAACAGGAAGCAGAAACCGUCUCUGGUGUGGACAGUCGGAGGCAAAGGCGGCGGCUCGUCCUGGGUGGGGGCGGGCCCGAGUGACUCAUGGACGUGUGGGGCUUGCGGUACAGGUGCGAACUGGAGUACGCGUACGUCCUGCCGUGCCUGUGGUGCGGGUCGCCCUGGGUACAAAGGCAAGGGCAAGGUCACUUCCACGCCUGAGGUGGGGCAGUGGUCCCGCACCUCCUUCCCACCAGUGGCGGCCAGGCCUUGGCGUGCGGCCGCGGAGGCCAAGGCGCCUACGGCCUUGCAGAAGCUGGAGGAGCGCAGGAAGGUCCUGGUCCAGUGCGCCAAAGACUGGGGGGGUGACGCGCCUCACCUCGACCAGGCGGUGGCCGACAUCGACAGGCAGAUCCAGGACGCCAAGGCGGAGCGCACGCAGGCGAAGCCUUUGUCUGGCCAGCUGCGUGAGGCGCAGGUCCAGCUGGGGCAGGUCGACAGGCAGCUUGAGCGCUUGGCAGAGACCGAGAGGAAAGCCAACCAGAUGCUGCUCGAGGUCAAGAAGGAGAGGGAUGAGGCUGCGAAGCGCAAGGAGGAGCUGGCGACCACGAUCCUGGAGCUCCAGGGGAAGAUUGCGGUGGCGGGCCCAGCGGCCCCAGCCUCAAACCUCGACGUCAUCCGAGUGCAGUUGGAGUGCAUCGCCAAGUCCGUCGGCAGCGACAUCCAGUCCCUCGGCCUCAAUUUUGCCACGCUCGAGUCCCUCCUGGAGGCCAAGGCUAAGGAAGGGGCAGCAAAGGCUGAGGCUGCUGACACUGGUGCUGCUAAGCAGCCUGGUCAGGCUGACGACGGGGACGGUACAGAGGACGAAUCCAUGGGAGACAUCGUGGGGGCUGAGGAGUUGCCACCAGGUGUCACCGAGACCGAACGUAAGUGGAUUAACGGGCAGGAGCCAGUGCCCGACCAGGAGGAGAACCCGCACUUGUUCAAGCGGUACCAAGAGGUGCUCAUGUCGGUGCAUUCCUGCCAGUUGGUGCAGCUGCGCCAGAGCGGGAAGGCCCUCCCUUGGGACGACAGCCGCUGGAACCCUGAGGGGUGGGAGGCGGAGUUCGGGGGGAGCGAGAGUGAAGGGCACCGACGGGACGUAGGGCAGAUGGAUGAUGAGCGUGGCGGGCGCGCAGCAGCGGGAGCCAGCCAGAGGGCGGGAAGUGUGGCCAGGUCCACGCCCGCGGGGCCAGUGCGCGGCCCACGGCCUGCGGCAUUGGCGAGGAGCGAGCACGGUGCCUUGAGGGCGGGAAGUGUGGCCAGGUCCACGCCCGCGGGGCCGUCGCGCGGCUUCGUGCCUGCGGCGACGGCGAGGAGUCAGGGGGCAGAUUCGGGCCAGUGGCGAGGAUACGCGAGGGUCCUGCACGACAAUCGCAUGAUGAGGCUUUUGGUUGACAAGGUGAAUGACGACAAGCAGGUGGUCAUUGUGUGGACCUUCAACGGCUCGGGAUGGGGGGCCAUCAGAGAGAAGCUCUUGGAGAAGAAGGUGGGGCAGCAGAAGCACAUCUACGCUUUCCAGGAGCACCGCCUGAAAGAGGACCAGUGGGCUGGAGUUACCCACAGUAUGCGUCAGAGAGGCUACCAAGUGGGUGGAGCGGUGGCCGUGCCCACGCUAGGCCCCAUGGGUGAGCCAGGAACCUCUGCAGGUGUGGGAAUCGCUGUGCCGAACAGGAUUGGCAUGGCGUAUGUGUGUGGGCAGACCAGCUGGGACUGGUCCCCCAGAGGAUCCCCAGGAAGAGCUGCAGCGGCAUGGGUUGCAGUAGGUAGAGGCGGCAUAGUGGUCGCGACGGUGUACCUGUGGACGGCCGAGCAGAUGUCGCGGCGGAACAGGGGGCUGAUGGACCACGUGCUGGGGAAGCUGCACGAGCUCAACAUGCCGUGGGUGUUGUGCGGGGACUUCCAGAAUGCCCCUGCCGUCCUGGCGGGUUUGGAUUCGAUCAAGCUCAUUGGCGCGACGCUGGUGGCCCCCUCUGCUGCGAGCGGAACUUGUCGGUCGGCGAGUGGAUGUUCCACAAUAGACUAUUUCGUAGUAUCGAGGGAGUUGGCAGGCCAAGUGAGGAAGGUGACCAUCCACGAGUCGUGGCCUUCGGCGCCGCACAAGCCGGUGGGGAUCACGCUCGACCUGAGGCCGCAGGAGAGGAAGGAGCGGAUUCUCAUCACGCCGAAGAAGUUGGAAGGAAUCAGCAUCGGGCGCGCGCCUGAGCCGCCCGCAUACGACGAGGUGGGGGUUUUCAGCGACGUGACGGUAGCGACCAGGACCUGGGCUUCCUUCAUUGGCAAGCUGGAGCGCGAGGCUUUCGCGCUGCGGGGGCUGGAGUGGCACCCCAGGCAUGAGUGCGCAGGGCGUGCGGACCCACCGCGCUGGAAAGAGAGAGCGAUCCUCAGAGGGGGCGGCAACCACCCAGCCCCGCAAGGAGACGCUCUGUGGUGGAGGUGGCUCGCGCGCUCUUUGCAGACCCUGGCGGGGAACUACGAGAGGCUCAGGUCGUCCUCGGGUAGUGCCCGUGCGCGCCAGGAGUGGUGCAUGAUAGCUAGUGAUCUGGAGGAACGCUUCAGGAGCGUGAGCCGCGAGUUCAGGUGCGAGCUGGUCGGCGAGGAGAAGGAGCGGUGGAGAGAAAGGUGUACCUUGCUGGCGAAAGGGCGCUGGCGAGGUGCUGACCAGAAGGCCAGCCUGGGCGCGAUGAUCCUGGAGGCCAAGGAGCGGUCCAGGCGGGAGGACCAGGACCUGAUAAAUGAAAGGAGGAGGCAGUGGGCUGCGAAGCUGGAGGAGGCUGCGAAAGGAGCAGCGGGCGGACUCCACAGAAUCAGCAAACCAGUGGACAUCUGGAGGCCGAGGAGAGCGAGUACACCCCAAGCUUCGGCAGACCCGUUGCGGGCAGCGGAAGCGGCCCUGGGAGAGUGGAACGCAGUCUGGAAGGUGAACGACCCGAUGCAGGAGCAGGAGCGGCGGUGGGAGACGGAGCCGCGCCAGGAGUUGCCAGAGUUCACGGAGGGCGACUUGGCCAAGUUAAAGAAAGUGGCGCGCACCUUCAAGAGAAAGACAGCACAAGGAGUGGACCGAUGGCACCCCUCCAUGCUGCUAGGGGCUUCGGACGCAGCGCACUGGACGCUCCUGCAGAUCCUGAGGGAGGUGGAGCGCACGCUCGUCUGGCCGCAGCAUGCAGCCACGGUCAUUUUCUUCCUGAUCCCGAAGAGUGUAGCGGUCGAUCGUGCUAUCGGCCUCCUCCCGACCCUGGUGAGGGUGUGGGAGAUCAUGAGGGAGCCCUACAUGAUCGAGUGGGCUAAGGCGAACCAGCGCUCUUGGGAUUGCACGGCCUUCGGCAAGGCGGCGGAGGACGCGGCUUGGGAGGUUCUCCUCGCCAAUGAGGGCGACGAGGUGCAGGAUUCGGGCCCGCGCACCCUAGCGACGGUGACGGCCAUCCUCGACCUGGUCAAGGCUUUCGAGAGGGUGAGCUUGCAUGUGCUGUGGGAGCGUGGCAAGGCCAUGGGUUUCAACACGGGGGUGCUGGCGGUGGUGUGCUCCUAUUUUGCCAUGGCGAGGCGAGUCAACACGGGGGAGGCCAUCUCGGAGGAGACGAGGACUGUGGCUACGAUCAUCGCGGGCAGCAAGUUCUCGGUGGGUUUCCUCAAGAUGGUCAUCCAGGACACGAUUGACGGUUUGGUAGUGGAGUACCCGCUGGUGCAAUGGAGGAUGUAUGUCGACGACCUGUGCCUCAAGCAGCGAGGGGCGCAGCAGUGGAUCGUGGAUAGCUUCCCGUCCGUUGUGGACGACAGCGUGGACGGCUUCGCGGCCUUGGGGCUCGAGUUCUCCCUGGGCGACCAGGGCAAGGGGGCGAUCAUGGCCAGCACCAAGUGGCUGAGGCAGGCUCUCAAGCAGGAUGCAGCAGAGAGAGGGUUGCCCUUGGUGCUGGCCUGCCCUUACCUCGGAGUCGACGUGGUGGCCCACGGGACGGCGGCAAAGAACAAGAGUGGCAAGAGGUUCAAGCGCAUGAGGAACAGGGUCGCCAGGCUAAAGGGGCUGAAAGGCUCAGGCAAAGGUGUGACUAGAGGGAUUGGUUUGGUGUACAAGUGCGGCCUCAAGAGAUCGGUAAUGUAUGGGUGCAAGUGCCUGGGCAUGCCAGACCACCAGCUGCAGCAGGUAAGGAGAGCGGCAGGACAGUUGCUUCCAGGUUCCAGAGGAGCCAAGAGCCUCACCCUGCAGUUGGCGGUGCUGAAGGAGGACCCCACCGAGGAGGCCACACUUGCGCCGGUGGUCAGGUGGGCGAGGGCCGUCUGGGAGCAGGCCGUGGCAGGAGACCUGAGAGUGCUCGUUGCAGGGGGCCAGGUGCAGGCGCAACCCUGUCGUCAGCAGGCCUUCUGUCCUGAGGCGGGUGCUAGGCUCAGGGAUGCCCUCGGUGUCUGGACGGCGUUGUGGAUCAAGGAUCUGAGGGGCGAGAAGCACCAGCGGCAGGAGGACUGGAGCCAGUGGAGUGUUCCCCUGGUCGCAGAGUAUCUGCAGGAGGCAGCGCAGGCAGGCCUCCGCAGUGAACUCAGGAGGGAGGCGGCUUCCAAGGUCACAGGUGGAAGCUUGCCCCAGGAGGAGGCUCUGGAGGCGGAGUAUCUUGCUGCAGAGGUGUGUCGGCGUGCGUGGCGGAGGGCGUGCUGGAGAAGGCGUGCAGCCUUCCGUUACCUAGACGCGCUCGACGAGAAUUGCCGCGCCCAGGUCAUCUCGCAGUACAGGCAGGAGCAGGUCGCGCUGCAGAAGGUGGUGCGGCGGCUGCUGGUGUCGAGAGGGGCGCAAUGUCCCUGGGGCGAAGGAGGCAUGCAGGAAGAGGAAGGCUACCUCGGUGUCAGCACCAUUGAGAGCCUGGUCGAGCUGCUGCUGGUGGCGGGCAGCCAGAUGGAGAUCGCGGAGGACAAGAUAAGCAGGAGGACGAGUGUCGGCAGUGAGGCUGUCCUCCUGAGCGAGCAGAUGAGCAACGCGUGGAGGCAGCAGCAGAAGGAGGUGGGCAUGAGCCCGCAGUGGGCCAAGGUCAAAGGACCCGCGGGGGCGGUCAUCAUGUCACUGAGGAGAGCGAGGUGGACCUGGCCGUCGUGGACGGUCUACUGCACAAAGGACGGCGAGAUGGUGGACCUCACGGCGGUGUGCCCCACUGACGUCGGGGCGCUCCUCAGGGCUGACCUGCGCAAGGUGCUGUGGGAGCAGUGGGCGGCGCAGCAGCCAGGCAUGGAGAGCCUAGCCCCAGGCCCGAGGCUCCCGCCAGUGGUGGCGCAGCUGGCCGCGCGGGCUUUCCCUGCGCAUGCGAAGCGGGCGGCUCGGAAGGUGGUGCUGGCGGGGGCCUGGACCAUGAACAGGCUUGCCGAGGUCAGCAUCACGCCGACCGACAUCUGCAUUGGGUGUGGGCUGGCGGUCGGCACCCCGCAUCAUCGUUUCUUUCGGUGCCCCGCGCUGCUCGAGGUCAGGAGGCGAGCGCAGGCGGAGUGGCAGCACGUGGCGGAGCAGCAGGAGGACAGUUUGCUCUGGACGCGUGGGCUGGCGCGGGACCCCUCGGCGGACUGGGCCCACAGGUCGGUCGACGAGGCGGACUUCCACUGCGACGUCCUCCAGGGGACGGACGCCCUCCUGUCGGGCGACAUCGUGUGCGACGGCUCCAAGCUGGGCACCAGCUGCUGGGCGCAGGCGGGGUGGGCCGCGAUGGCCAUCGACGCGGGAGGCGCCCCCACGGUGCAGCUCUGGGGCCCCCUGCCAUGCCGCUUCAAGGAGCAGAAGACGGUCAAGAGGGCCGAGAUGUGGGCCUUCUUAAAGACCUUGGAGACGGUGCUGCCGCCGUGCAGGAUCUUCACGGACCACCAGGGCAUCCUUGACGGUAUCAGGCGGGGGCCGAGAUGGUGCUUAAGUUGGGGAAGGCCGCGCGCGGACGUCUGGAGGAGGAUCUGGCACAAGAUCGCGGACGUGGGACUUGAGCCAGAGUGGGUGAUGCAUGUGAAGGCCCACAGGUCCAGAGCGGCCAUCAGCAGGCUCGAGGGCUUGGCGCAGCAAGUGGCCAGGGGCAAUGAGGCGGUGGACGCCCUGGCCAAGCGUGGAGCCGCGGAGGACUUCGGGUACGGCAGGGAGCAGACCCUGGAGAGCCUGGAUGAGAAGGUGAAGUGGGCCAUCCAGAACAUCGGUUGGUGGUGCCAGGAGAUGAAAGAAGGGUGGCCCGACGUGCCGCCCAGGACGGGGCCGAGCAGAAGGAGGAAGCAGCAGAGGCCCUACGUCAGCCUCACGAGGCACGAGGUCGAGGUGUGUGGAGCUUGGCUGGUGUGCACGCGGUGCGGCAAGCGUGCAGCUUCGGCCAGGAUGAGGAAGAAGCUGUGGGCCUCCGCUUGCGCACCCCCUCCCUGGCAGGCGGUGGGCCACCAGACCAGCGAGGAGAGGGGCUCGCUGGAGGUCACCUCGGAGGUCGAGGUCGCCUCGGAGACGCAGGGAGGAGCGGACUCCAGGAGGAAGAGGCGGGACCGCAUCCUCCGCGGCUGCCACCCGCAGACGGGCAGGCCGCUCCCCGCCGAGAUGGUGCCCGCGAGGCUCAAGCGGGUCCGCCAGGCCAGGAACCUCGGCACGGACGCCAGCAUCGCGAGGCGUGGAGAUCACGAAGGUCGAGCCCGUGCUGCUGGAGCCAUGCAGCGCGCCCGGCGGCUUCGCUGCCUCAAGGCUGCUGGAGUGGAGGUCGACCUGAUCCACAAGGCAGGGCCGACGGCCAGCAUGAUCUGGGGGCGCACGGUUACGGGCAUCGCGGACGGGGAGCUACGCAGCUGGCGGCUCACGGCGUGCCGCAGUGCUGGUCGGCUGCCUACCGGUGCUGCCCUGGGCCUGAGGCUGCGAUGCGCGGAGCUGCGGCGGCGGCGCAACCUGGACCCUGCGGUGCUCGCUGCGGGCUACACGGUGCAGAUGCUGGCGGCGCUGCUCCAGUCCGGGGAGCUGCCCCUGCGCAUGCUGAGGCGUGGGCUGGAGGCGGCAGCAGCCCGACGCGCCGAGGCCGUGUCGCCGUGGGUGCACUGCGCGUCCCCAGUGGAUGCAGCGGUGCUCACCCUGGCCAGGAUCGGCUGGCACUUCGAGUCGGAGCGAUGCCUCGUCACGGACCUCGGGGGCCAGCUGGGCCGCGCGCUCCUUGGCCCGCGCGAGCUGGGGUUCGAGGCUGGGCUCGGGGCGCAGCGCGCCUCUGACCGCCAUGAGAUGCGGAAGCUCGCCCACAGCAGGGCUUCUCAGGGGCCGCUGCGCGGCCGCGCCAGGUGCCGCUGCUGCGGGGCGGCGCGUGGCACCCGCUGGCGCAGGCUCUUCGAUUGCCCCGUGCUGGCGGCCCAGCGGAGGCCGCCGGACGACGGGUUGAAUGGGGAGCUGUGCUUGGACGGCUCGGCCGUCGAGCCGCACUUCUGCUCCCUCCGCCGAGCUGGCUGGGCCAUCGCGCAGAGUGACGACGACGGGGGCCUGGUCGCGGGCGUCUACGGCGCGGCGAGGCGCGACCUCUGUCCGCAGCAGAUGGCCAAGGGCGGCGAGGACUUUGCGGCGUGGAUCCACGCGGCCUUCGAGCCUGGCUCGUUUGCAGUGCGGAAAGUGCCAGCGCACUGCGACCGCCAGGCCGUGCUGGACGGGCGCCUCGCGGAAGCCCAGCGGCGCGGGAACGACCGCGCCGACCGCCUCGCCGAGGUGGGCGCCAGGCUGCGUGCCGUGGGCAGCCAGGCCGUCGGCGAACGCCAUGCGCUGGCCGAGGUGGUCCACGGGCUAGCGCGGUGGAUUGGCCAGGCCGCAGUCAUCUGGCAGGGCAUCGGCGAGGAGGUGCGCAUCAAGGCGCCGCCAGGCGCGCAGGCCCCGCCCGCCGACCAGGAGGAGCAGGGCCCAGAGCCCAAGAGGCCGCGCCUGGAGAGCGCCCGCUCAGCCGGCAGCGCGCUGGCCCUCUCGGCCAGCGCGGCGGCCUUCAGCAUCCUCGGGCAUGCCCUCAGCUACGCCUGCAGUGGCGACGGCGAGCAGGCCCAGGAGCUGGUGGCUUGCACCAAGCGCGGCGCCCACAUGGUGCUGGGAAGCCGCUCAGGGGCCAAGCCGCGGCUGGCGGGCCUUGCCUGGCCGACGAGACGGACGAGAGCGGGCGCAACCAGCGCAGCCUGCGGGGGCGCGGGCCCCACCCUGGAGGAAGGGGGCUACCUGGAGUGGCUCGGGGUCGUUGCCGAGCAGCCGGCGGCAGGCAGCGGGGGGGCCAGCGUGGCCAGCCCCAGCGGAGUCGCAGGAGCGAGCGGGCGCGUGGCCGAGCGCCCGCGCGCCGAGGCUGCUGCUGACGCUUUCGCUUCGCCUAGCGGCGGCGGCAGGGCGCCUGGGGCCAGCGGCGAGCCUGCGCCUGGGGCCCAUGCGGCGGCGGCAGGUGGCCGUGGAACUGGGGCUCGCGAGGACCUCCUACCGGUCUACGGCCUGAGUGAGGCCGAGCUGGCUGCCAGCGCUGAGGCCGGCGUCAGCGCGGUCGAGCGCCGGCGCGUGCGCCGCCGCGCGGACUGCCUCGGAGCCAGGGCCGAGGAGCCAGCGCAGCUGGCUGAGGGCUGGCGCGGGGCGGCGGCGGAGGCCUGGCCACCCGAGGGCGUGCCCGAGGGCGCUGCCGCGGGCGCCGCCCUGGCCACGCGCGCGUGGCCGGCCGAGCCGGAGGCGGAGCCGGAGGAGUCAUACCUGUUGGUGGAGGGUGUGCCCGGCAGCUGGGGCGAGCUACAGACGCUGCUGCUGUUCACGGUCUACGGGGGCGUCGCGAGCAUGCAGCUCACAGAGCCGGACGCGUCCAGCGGGCUGCGGCGCGCCUGCGUGUCGCUGCAGGAUGCGCAGUUCUCUAGCUACGAGCUGGCCGCGCGCGAGCUGCACGGCCCCGCCGCGCCGACCUCGGAAGUGGGGGGGCCCAGGGACGUGGAGUCCACGCGUUUGUUCCGGACAAUGUUCCGGACAAUGUUCCGGACAAUGUUCCGGGCAGAUUCGUUCUGGACGCGGUUCGUGGCCUUCUGCAUGGCAAUCCUCAAGCAGGGCGGGGAGUACAAAGCGGGCGGACCCCCCAAGGGGGCGCUGGAGAGAGAGGCGGAGAGGCUGCUCAAGCGCAUGGGGAUCGAGAGCGACAGGCAGACCAUCGAGGUAGACAGCGACCAGGACGGGGAGGGGUUCUGA